UGUCGAUUUUGUUCACAUGAGUAGAAUUAUCAAAUACGUAAAGCUCUAGAACCCUUUCUAUUGAAGGUCCAACAGAAGCCCUCUGGCCAACUAGAAUUGCCAUCAACUAGGAGGAGGAGGAGCAGCAUUUGAGGACCUUAGAAACGAGAGAAGCAGACGACAGCAGAAUUCUCAUGUGAUGUGGGCGCUUCACACUCCCCACAAUUUCCAAUCAUCUUCCGCCUCCACUCACUUCCGCUUCCCAACUCGCACUUCUUCAAGACAACCCAUUUGCUCCCUCACCUUAAACCCUUCAAACCCAACCAAAACAGACGCAAACUACAACCAGUUAAUUCAGUCUUUAUGCAAACAAGGCAGUCUCAAGCGAGCCCUUCAAGUCCUCCCUCAUGAGCCCGACCCAACCCAACACACCUAUGAGCUUCUUAUCCUCUCUUGCUCCCGCCUGAACUCCCUCUCCGAUGGCCUCGAUGUUCAUCGCCACCUCGCCGAUGCUGGGUUCGAUCAGGACCCUUUCCUGGCCACCAAACUCAUUAAUAUGUACUCGGAGUUGGACUCCAUUGACAACGCACGGAAGGUGUUUGAUAGAACUCAUAAGAGAACGAUAUAUGUUUGGAAUGCUCUCUUUAGAGCGCUUACGUUGGCGGGUUAUGGCCAAGAGGUCUUGGAUUUGUAUCACCAGAUGAAUCAGAUUGGGAUUCCGUCUGAUAGGUUCACGUAUACGUAUGUGCUCAAGGCUUGUGUUGCUUCCGAGUCUUUGGUUUCGCUUAUCCAUAAGGGAAAGGAGAUACACGCGCAUAUUUUGCGACAUGGGUAUGACGCGCUUGUUCAUAUUAUGACGACUUUGGUGGACAUGUACGCAAGGUUUGGGUGUGUUUCGUAUGCAGGUUGUGUGUUUGAUUCGAUGCCAGUGAGAAAUGUUGUUUCAUGGAGUGCUAUGAUUGCGUGUUAUGCGAAGAAUGGGAGGCCCUUUGAAGCUUUGGAACUAUUCCGUGAAAUGAUUCUUGAGACCCACGAUUCUAUUCCAAAUUCAGUGACAAUGGUUAGUGUGCUUCAAGCCUGUGCAGCUCUUGCUGCUUUGGAGCAAGGGAAGCUGAUUCAUGGCUAUAUCCUUAGAAGGGGUCUUGACUCGAUCCUGCCAGUGAUUAGUGCCCUUGUGACAAUGUAUGCGAGAUGUGGUAAGCUUGAAUUGGGGCAACUGGUUUUUGAUCAGAUGGAAAAGAGGGAUGUUGUUUCCUGGAAUUCCUUGAUUUCAAGUUAUGGGAUUCACGGGUUUGGAAAGAGGGCAAUUCAAAUUUUUAAAGAGAUGGUCAGCCAUGGAGUCUCACCAAGUCACGUAUCAUUUGUUAGUGUCUUGGGAGCAUGUAGUCAUGCCGGGCUUGUGGAGGAGGGGAAGAUGUUGUUUGCAUCUAUGGUUAAAGAACAUGGGAUAUAUCCUAGUGUGGAGCAUUAUGCUUGUAUGGUGGACCUUCUUGGCCGUGCCAAUCAGUUGGAUGAAGCAGCCAGGAUCAUUGAAGAGAUGCGGAUUGAACCAGGACAAAAGGUGUGGGGUUCUCUUCUUGGCUCAUGCAGGAUCCACUGCAAUGUGGAGCUUGCGGAAAGAGCAAGCAGAAGGCUUUUUGAGCUUGAGCCUAUGAAUGCUGGGAACUAUGUACUCCUAGCUGAUAUUUAUGCAGAAGCUAAUAUGUGGGAUGAGGUGAAAAGAGUGAAGAAGCUUUUAGAUGCUCGUGGACUUCAAAAGAUUCAAGGUCGCAGUUGGAUAGAAGCUAAAAGGAAGAUCUACUCGUUUACUUCUGUUGAUGAGCCUAACCCACAGAUGGAACAACUCCAUGCUUUGUUGGUCAGAUUGUCUACAGAGAUGAAGGAGCGGGGCUACAUGCCUCAAACUAAAGCUGUUCUCUAUGAUCUUGAGCCAGAGGAGAAGGAAAGAAUCGUAUUAGGCCAUAGCGAAAAGCUAGCUGUUGCAUUUGGACUCAUCAACACAAGUAGAGGGGAAACUAUUAGGAUUACCAAAAACUUGAGGUUAUGUGAAGACUGUCAUUCCGUUACCAAGUUCAUUUCCAAGUUUGCAGAUAGAGAGAUUCUGGUUCGAGACGUGAAUCGAUUCCACCACUUCAAAGAUGGGAUUUGUUCAUGUGGGGAUUAUUGGUAGUUGAAUGCCAAAUGUUAUGCUAAUUUAUUUCAUUUUUCCCAAUAAUUUGAGGUGAGAAAUUGUCGUCAGAGAUUUGAGCGUCCUCAAAUGCUCUCAAAUGUAUACUGACAAUACCAAGUUCUUUUCACAUUUAUAUAAAUUUCUCU